CACUGUUUAAAAUGCUUCCAUUACGGUUCCGGAAAAUUCCUCAGUAUGUUUGCGUUCUACUCAAUGGCUUUACCUUGAUUCUCAAUUUUCUUUUUCUCUUCCAGAUUGUAGCAAAAAGAAAAGGUUGAAUUUUUGUUGUUGUUUGGUGAUCUCUUGUUCUCAGAUUGAACUAGACUUCUGGUGUUUGAGAUUUUCAAUUCUAGAUUUUUCAGGGAUCAUAUAAUCGAUAAGCAUGGUCACUUAUAUAGUUGCUGUUCUCGUUCCUCUAGUCGUCACUUUUCUCUUCCGGAAUUCCAAGAACAGUGCGAAGAAACGUGGCAUGCCAGUCGAUGUUGGCGGGGAACCUGGGUAUGCUGUACGGAAUGCUCAGUUUCCGACGCCGUUGGAAACUGCCUGGGAGGGCGUGUUUACCCUUGCUGAGCUUUUCCAGUAUGCCUGCAAGAGCUACGGGGAUAAAUACUUGCUGGGAACGCGGAAGUUGAUCUCGACAGAGAAUGAAGUUGCUCCAGAUGGGAGGUCUUUCGAGAAGCUUCAUUUGGGCGAGUACAAGUGGCUCACUUAUGCUCAAGUGUUCGAAAGAGUUUGUAACUUUGCUUCUGGUUUGGUUCAUAUUGGGCAUAGACGGCAAGAACGUGUCGCCAUAUUUGCUGAUACCAGAGCAGAAUGGUUUAUUUCUCUGCAGGGUUGCUUUAGGCGCAAUCUCACUGUGGUUACUAUUUAUGCAUCUCUAGGAGAGGAUGCUCUGCGUCACUCGUUAAAUGAGACAGAGGUUACAACUGUUAUAUGUGGGAACAAAGAACUGAAGAAACUUGUGGACAUAAGCGGACAACUUGAUACAGUGAAACGUUUGAUUUGUAUGGACGAUGAAAUUCCAUCUAGUGCAUCAGUUGAGCAGAGUGGUUCCUGGACAAUCAUCUCACUUUCUAAUGUGGAGAAACUUGGUCAGGAAAAUCCUGUUGAAGCUGAUUUACCUCUAUCAAGUGAUAUUGCUGUAAUUAUGUACACAAGUGGAAGUACUGGACUGCCUAAGGGUGUAAUGAUGACACAUGCUAAUGUCCUGGCUGUAGUUUCUUCAGUUAGGACAAUUGUUCCUGGCCUUGAGAGCAAGGAUGUUUAUCUGGCAUACCUACCAUUGGCUCAUAUCCUUGAAUUAGUUGCUGAGCAUAUAGUAGCAGGUGUUGGAAGUGCUAUAGGAUAUGGAACCCCUUUGACACUUACUGAUACUUCAAACAAGAUCAAAAGGGGUACAAAGGGGGAUGCAAGUGCCCUGAGGCCAACCGUGAUGGCAUCUGUCCCAGCAAUUCUUGAUCGUGUUCGAGAUGGAGUGCGCAAGAAGGUGGAUGCAACAGGAGGCCUAAAUAAGAAACUGUUCGACUUGGCGUAUGCCCGUCGACUAUCUGCAUUGAAUGGUAGUUGGUUUGGAGCUUGGGGCUUAGAAAUGCUACUUUGGAAUUUCCUUAUGUUUAGGAAGGUUCGAGCAGUUUUAGGGGGUCGUAUCCGUUUUUUGCUUUCUGGAGGUGCUCCUAUUUCUGGUGAUACUCAAAGAUUUAUCAACAUUUGCCUUGGGGCUCCAAUAGGCCAAGGCUAUGGUCUUACUGAGACUUGUGCUGGCGGGACUUUUUCAGAAUUUGAUGAUUCAUCUGUUGGUCGAGUUGGUAAUCCACUUCCUUCCUCAUUUAUUAAGUUAAUAGAUUGGCCUGAAGGUGGAUAUUUAACUAGUGAUUCACCAAUGCCUCGUGGGGAAAUAGUUAUCAGUGGUCCAAAUGUAACUGUUGGUUAUUUCAAGAAUGAAGAGAAAACAAAGGAAGUGUACAAGGUUGAUGAGAGAGGAAUGAAGUGGUUCUACACAGGCGACAUUGGGCAGUUUCAUCCUGAUGGUUGCCUUGAGAUAGUUGACCGUAAAAAGGACAUAGUCAAACUUCAGCAUGGGGAAUAUGUGUCUUUGGGAAAGGUUGAGGCUGCUCUCACUGCGAGCCCCCAUGUUGAUAACAUGAUGUUGCAUGCUGAUCCAUUUCACGGUUACUGUGUGGCCCUUGUGGUACCUUCACAACCUGCUCUGGAAAAAUGGGCCUCGAAUCAGGGAAUUGAGUUCACUGAUUUUGCAGACCUGUGUGAGAAAAAUGAAAUAAUAAAAGAAGUGCAAGCAUCAUUCCUCAAGGAAGCGAAGAAAGCACGUUUGGAGAAGUUUGAGAUCCCAGCAAAAAUUAAAUUAGUUUGUAAUCCAUGGACCCCUGAUUCUGGUCUGGUCACGGCCGCUCUCAAGAUCAAGAGAGAAGCCAUUAGGAAGGCCUUCUCCGAAGAACUCUCCAAGUUAUAUGAAUAAUGAACUAUGUGAUUGUGCAGAAUUCCGGGCACAAGUGAUGUGUCAUUGUUCCUCCUCUUUUUCACCCUUUUUUUUCCCCUUUAUCCCACUUAGUUUGUGCCUUUUUAUUGUAUUAAUUUUAGAAGAUUUUUCUUUUUCCGCUUUCUGCAUUUUCAUGAAACGAUCGAAAGUGAAUGUGAAGUUUCAAAAGCUAGCAGCUUUUCAUGUUGUUUUAA